CAUCAGUGAAGAAUGAAGGGUUUGUUAUAUAUCCUGCUGCUGUUGGAAACCUUAGUGGUACAGCAGCAGGUCGAUGGAGGGCAAGUUGAGAAUGAGAUCAGUCAACAGCUGAGCUCUGAGGACAGCAGACAGAAUCCAUCUCCAACACAUGAAGCUUCAACUGACAGCCAACAAUACUGUCAUCUGAGCUUCCCUGACAUCCAUGCAGCACUGAGAGAACUAACCGCCACCGUUACAGAGCAGAAAGCAAACAUCAGAGCCUUAGAGACGCGACUGAGGGAACAACAGACGUUCAUCCUGGAAGAGCUGAACAGGAAAACUGAUGCCUUAGAGAUGCGACUGAGGGACACUGAGAAAGCUGCAGAACAACAGACCUUCAUCCUGGAAGAGCUGAACAAGAAAACUGAUGAUAUUUCAAACCUUACUCAGAGUCAAGUGGAGGAGCUGAGAAAGGAAAACAGAGACAGAGAGAUAGCAUUUUCAACUUCACUGAUGCAAUCUGGCAGUGGACAUGUUGGUCCUUUUACCACUGAUAUCACACUAACCUACAAGAACGUCUACACAAAUGUAGGAAAUGCCUACAACCCAAUAACAGGUAUUUUUACAGCCCCACUGAAAGGAGCGUACUGGUUCAGCUUCUCUGUCGCUGGUGUUAACUCAGAGGCAUCAACUGCCUCCAUUAUGAAGAAUGGACAGCGGGUGGUUACGGCACAUGCUCAUCAGAGUCAGGGUGUUUUAAACUCCUCGAAAGGAGUUGUGUUGAUCCUGGAGGUUGGAGAUGUCGUCUAUGUGAAUCUUUGGUCUGGCAGAAGGAUAUACGAUGAAAGCAAUAAACAUUUCAACACAUUCAGUGGUUACCUGCUGUUUCCCUUAAGAGGAUAG